CGGAGUUAAGAAACUUUCACACCGACCGAGUGGAGUGGAGUGGAGUGGACGGCGGACAGAUAUGUGCCCGGCUCGGAUAGUUGACCCCUGGUGAGGGUUAAAGUGCUUAGUUUUAACUACACAUAUGCUUUAACAUCUGCGUCUUGGCGCUGCGUCAAAAUGAUGCGCUUCCUGCUGCUCUUCAGCCGUCAGGGGAAGCUGCGUCUGCAGAAGUGGUUCACGCCUAUGUCAGAGCGUGAGAAGAAGAAAAUCAUCAGGGACAUGACCACCAUGGUGUUGUCACGGCAACCACGGUCGUGUAACUUCCUGCACUGGAAAGACCUGAAGAUUAUUUACAAGAGGUAUGCGAGCUUGUAUUUCUGUUUGGCUAUAGAGAACCAGGAGAAUGAGCUGUUAGCCCUGGAGGUUAUUCAUCGCUACGUGGAGCUGCUGGACAAAUACUUUGGCAAUGUGUGUGAGCUGGACAUAAUCUUUAACUUUGAGAAAGCCUAUUUUAUCCUGGAUGAAUUUCUAAUGGGAGGAGAAAUACAGGAAACCUCCAAACAGAUUGUGAAUCGCUGCAUCGAAUCCUCAGACAUGCUACAGGAGGAUGACAGCAGUGAGUGGUAUGAGGUGGAGCUGUUUGGAUGACCUUGAAUAUGGACAGAAAGACCAUGGAGGAGUACAUGAGCAAACCUGCAUUUUAACCUGUGGAAAAGGAUAAAGUUGGGAUGUCGCCGGGAGGAUUAUGGGAACCAAAUGUACCGUACGGGUCAAAGGAGUUUCUGAGUGUGAAAAUGGGAUUGACUUUGAUUUCAGCCUACUGAACGUCUGCUUGCCUUCUGCCUAAAGCAUUACUCAGUUCGAACUCAGAUGAGUGUAAUAUGGCUUUAAAAUCUUUUGCUCAACUGAAGAAGGGAAUGAGAAAUGCUUUUACACUGUGUGCCGAUAUUGAUUUAUAAAUGAAGUAGCAAUAGAGGAUCAGGGAUGUGAAAAUCAUAACUAUGAAGUGAUUAUUGGAUUUAUAAGUGUGUUGAGUUCAUAUAAAAUCAGUAACAGUAUAUUUAAGUCAUGAAUUACACUGGAAGUUAAUACAUUUACACUGAAGAUAAUUUUAGGGAAAUAUCAUCCAGCUUUAUAUAUAUAUAUAUAUAUAUAUAUAUAUAUAUUUAAAAAAACAUAAUUUCAGUCCUAAAAAAAUAUAUUUGUUUGCUUUCCUUGUUAACUGAUUUUUGAAUAAGACUGAUUCAGAGGAUUUUAGUGUGUGUAGCUUGUGUCAUAUGUGUGGGUAUUUUAAAGGAGUGUUUGCUAGUGUGGGUGUGAAUAUUUCUGUCUUUUUAUAAUGUGCAAUUUUUAAGGUUGAAGCUUAUGAUUAAAAUAUGUAUUUUGAUAAACAGUU